AUGCAAGAAACCGACCUUCACUACCCGCCAGAAUCCUGUCCCUUUUGCACCAUCGCCGCCGCGUAUCCCGUCUCCGACAGCGCACAGGCUGGCGCUUCGCUAUGGCGCAGUGCACCCGAGAAACUGCAGAAAGAGCUAGCAGCGUGUGUACCGAGUGAGGAGGAGAGCCAGGCCGACAAGACCGAUCCGAGUAGUUUUGUGGUGCUGAGGAGUAAUGAUGUUGUUGCUUUUUUGGAUAUUUUGCCUAUGACGAGGGGACAUUUACUUGUUACAACUCGUCAGCACAAAGUCAAGGUUGCGGAUAUGGGGGUUGUGGAGAGUAGGGAGAUUGGCUUCUGGUUACCCAUUCUAGCAAGGACAGUAGCAAAAGUCACGGGCGUAACGGAUUACAACAUUGUUCAGAAUAACGGUGCAAGAGCAGCACAAGUGGUACCACAUGUUCACUUCCACAUUAUCCCACGGCCAGAAAGCAUGCCCGAAAUCAAGAGCAAGAGCUGGACCAUGUUUGGGCGGGGCCAACGCGAUGAUCUGGAUGAUGAAGAAGGGUCUAAGUUGGCGGGCGAGAUGAGAGAAGUGCUGAGAGCUGAGCUGGAGAAGAUGGGUACCGGAGGUGGACCAAAGUUAUAG